GUCCGGGCGGAAGUGAGGUGUCGCGCGCUGCGGCGGUUCCGGUGUGGGAGCGGCUGGGGCUGAGGCGGGGUCGGGCCCGGCCGAGGCCAUGCUGUGCACGGCGCUGGUCAUGGCCGGCAGCCUGGCGCUCACCACGGCCGUGGUGGCCCAUGCCUACUACCUGAAGCACCAGUUCUACCCCACCGUGGUGUACCUGACCAAAUCCAGCCCCAGCAUGGCCGUGUUGUACAUCCAGGCCUUCGUGCUGGUCUUCCUGCUGGGCAAGUUCAUGGGCAAGGUGUUCUUCGGGCAGCUGCGCGCGGCCGAGGUGGAGCACCUCCUGGAGCGCUCGUGGUACGCGGUGACCGAGACCUGCCUGGCCUUCACUGUCUUCAGGGACGACUUCAGCCCGCGCUUCGUCGCCCUCUUCACCCUCCUCCUCUUCCUCAAGUGCUUCCACUGGCUGGCUGAGGACCGUGUGGAUUUUAUGGAGAGGAGCCCCAACAUCUCGUGGCUCUUCCACUUCCGAAUCGUCUCCCUGAUGUUCUUGCUGGGAAUCCUGGACUUCCUCUUCGUCAGCCACGCCUACCACAGCAUCCUGACCCGCGGCGCCUCCGUCCAGCUGGUCUUUGGCUUCGAGUACGCCAUCCUGAUGACCAUGGUGCUGACCAUCUUCAUCAAGUACGUGCUGCACUCCGUGGACCUGCAGAACGAGAACCCCUGGGACAACAAGGCCGUGUUCAUGCUCUACACCGAGCUCUUCACCGGGCUGAUCAAGGUGCUGCUCUACAUGGCCUUCAUGACCAUCAUGAUCAAGGUGCACACCUUCCCGCUCUUCGCCAUCCGCCCCAUGUACCUGGCCAUGAGGCAGUUCAAGAAGGCCGUCACUGACGCCAUCAUGUCCCGCCGGGCCAUCCGCAACAUGAACACGCUCUAUCCCGACGCCACGGCCGAGGAGCUGCAGGCCGUGGACAACGUCUGCAUCAUCUGCCGCGAGGAGAUGGUGACGGGCGCCAAGCGCCUGCCCUGCAACCACAUCUUCCACACCAGCUGCCUGCGCUCCUGGUUCCAGCGGCAGCAGACGUGCCCCACGUGCCGCAUGGACGUGCUCCGCGCCUCGCUGCCGCCGCAGCCGCCCCCGGAGCCGCCGGCACCGGCACCGGCACCGGCAGCGCAGCCCAACAACUUUCCCCAGGGGAUGCUGCCUCCCUUCCCGCCGGGAAUGUUCCCGUUCUGGCCGCCCGUGGGGCCCUUCCCGCCCGGCCCCGGCGGCGUCCAGGCCCCGGCGGCCGGUGCUGAUGGCUCGGCCGCGGCCACCGACGCUGCUCCCGGUGCCCGUCCCGGUGCCGGUGCCGGUGCCGGCGCUGCCGGGCCGGAGCCGGGCGGUGCCGGGGCCGUGCCGGGGCUGCCGCUGCCGCCGCCCUGGGUGGGGAUGCCGUGGCCGCCGCUCUUCGGCGUGCCGCCCAUGCCGGUGCCGCCGGCCGGCUUCGCGGGGCUGACGGAGGAGGAGCUGCGCGCCAUGGAGGGCCACGAGCGGCAGCACCUGGAGGCGCGGCUGCAGUGCCUGCACAACAUCCACACGCUGCUGGACGCUGCCAUGCUGCAGAUCAACCAGUACCUGGGCGUGCUGGCCUCCCACGGGACCCCCCGAGCCGCCCCCCGGCCGCCCCCCGGCCGCGAGGUGCCCCCGGAGGAGCCCCCGGCACCGGGACCCUCGGGAGUCGCCGGAGCCGCUGAGCCGGCCCCCGCCGAGGAUGAGGAGGACGCGGCCGAAGGCUCCGAGCCCCGGGAGGGCCCCGAGCCCCCAGAGGGCCCCAACACGGCCGAGCUGCGCCGGCGGCGGCUGCAGAGGCUGGGGACCCCCCCCCACUGACUGGGACCCCCCAAAUUGACCGGGACCCCCCACCACUGACCAGGACCUCUCCCCAAAACUGACCAGGACCCCCCAGAUCAACCCAAGUUCGCCCCCAGAUGGACCCGAGAUCCCUCUGGGACCCCCCCCCAGAGUGACCCAAAAUCGCCCUGGGACCCCCCCAGACUGAACAGGACCCCCCAAAACUGACCCAAGAUACCCCCGGGACUCCCCCAAACUGACUGGGACCCCCCAGACCAACACCACAUCUACCCCAGGACCCCCCAGACCGACCCAAAAUCCCCUCAGGACCCCCCAAAAUGACCCAAGAUCUCCCCCCGGGACCCCCCCAAACUGACCAGAACCCCCCCAGACUCGAGUUCCCCCCAGACUGACCCAAAAUCCCCCCAGGACCCCCCAGAUUGACCUGAAAUUCCCCCGGGAACCCCCCAGGACCCUGCAGACCAACCUGAGAUCCCCCCCAGGACCCUCCCUCACCUCCAGGACCUCUCCCCUCCCCAUUUUCCAUGGAAAUUCCUGUCUGGAAGCAAAUCCCAGUCCCCUUGGUGUCCCCAGCCCCAUUUACCCAGCCCCUGACCCCUUUUCCCUCUCUUUGCCCCCAUUUUUUCCCAAUUUUCCCCCACUUUUUCUCAAUUUUCCCCAUUCUUCUUCCAUUUUUUCCCAAUUUCUCCCCAUUUUCCCCCAAUUUCCCAUUUUUUUCCCAAUUUUUCCCUGUUUUUCCCCAAUUCUCCCUCUCCCCUGAGCCAGGGUCGGGUCCCUGUUGUUCCCUGGGGGUUUCAGGGUGUCCCCCCCCCCCCAAACCCACCCUGGGGGGCCUUUGACCUCUGACCUCACCUGGCCCGGGGAAUUCGGGACCCCCCUGGGAUUUCGGGGUCCCCUCCCAUGGGAAUUUUGGGGCUACCCUGAGGAUUUUGGGGACAUUCCUUGGGAUUUUGGGGGUCCCCAGAUAGAAUUUUAGGGCCCCCACCCCCCCCAGAUUUGGGUCCUGCCCAUGGGAAUUUCAUCAUUUUCCCGGGAAUUUUGGGACCCCCUCCAUGGAAUUUCGGGGUUCCCCCCUGGAAUUUUGGGAUUUCUGCCCCCCAUUAACAGUAUUAACCCCUCCCCCCACACUCUCCCAGUCCCAAACUGGUUUGGACUGGUUGGCCAUGGCUGGGGUUGCAGUUUCUCGCUGACUUUUGCCCAAUUCCGGGCACUUUUGGCCCAAAUCCCGCCGCGAUUCCGGGCCGGCCGCGCCCCCAGUGCCUCUGGAACCCCAAAUUCUCAGGGAAAAACCAAAAAUCCACAACCCAGCGGCCGGAAUCGACGGAAAAUGGCGCCUUUUGCACCAAAAUGGGGGCUGGGGCGGGAGACUUUUGGGGCAAAAAGGAGCCAAAUAGGGAUUUUCGGGUUUGAGGUGGAUUCUUUUCCUUUCUUCCUUUAAUUUUUUGGGCAGUUUUGGCCCCAGCUUGAGUGGCUUGAUGAGGAAUUUGGCAAUAACGAAGCGGCGCCGCUUUGGGGAGUUGAUUUUGAACCCUUCCACGUUGUUUUUUUUCCCCAUUUUGAGCCAAAAUCAUAAUUUCUUUUGGGUCUGUUUGAGGCUUUUUUUGGGUGGAUUCCUUAAAAAAUUGCCUCAUUUCGGGGUGAAGCCACGGGGAGGGGGAGGGAUGGUUCCGGGGGGCGCUGGACCCAAAAAUCUCUCCUUUUUCCCCCGAAGCGGUGGCGGAAUUAUUUAAUUUGUAAAUAAUGUACAAAUUUUUACCAGCUCCGGUGUAAAUACAAUAAAGGUUGCAGUAAA